AAAUGCCUUUGUUUAAGUAAUCAUAGCAUUGCUGUUUUUCAGGAUUGAAAAAUGAAUUUAUUAGUAUUCAGUAUACUAAUAACUUAUAUACUGGAUAGCGUUUAUAGUGCACACAAUGGAUAUACUAAUGGAAUUGACACAACUACCAGUCAUCAUGGUGGAGGUGAAAGUCAGGAAAGUUCUGUAGAUGUUUAUGAUAAAUAUUCCAAUGGUAAAAUAUACAGUAAUGAGUACACGAGCGAUGAUUCCAGCAAGUACACUGACGGUAAAAUCUAUGAUAAAUAUGGUCAUGAAAAGGGAGACGAUAAACAUGCUUAUGGCAAAAACCAUGGAAAAAGUUACGAUAAAUAUGCUUAUGACAAGUACGGGUAUGGUAAAUAUGGAUAUGAAAAAUAUAGUUACGACAAAUAUAGUUAUGGGAAAUACGGAUAUGACAAGUAUGGUUAUGAUAAAUAUAGUUAUGAAAAGGGUUACGACAAGCAUGGAUAUGACAAAUAUGGUAAGGAUAAAUAUGGUUAUGAGAAAGGUUACGACAAAUAUGUCUCUGAUAAAUAUGGUUAUGGGAAAAGCUACGACAAGUAUGGCUCCGACAAAACUAGUUACGAGAAGGUUUACGACAAGCAUGGCUCUGAUAAGUAUGGUUACGAGAAGGGUUACGACAAGUAUGGCUCUGACGAAAAUAGUUAUGAGAAGGGUUACGACAAAUAUGGCUAUGACAAGUAUGGCUCUGACAAAUAUGGUUAUGAGGUCUACGACAAGUAUGGCUCCGACAAAAAUAGUUAUGAGAAGGGUUACGACAAAUAUGGUUACGAGAAGGUUUACGACAAGCAUGGCUCUGACAAAUAUGGUUACGAGAAGGGUUACGACAAAUAUGGCUAUGACAAGUAUGGAUCUGACAAAUAUGGUUACGAGAAGGGUUACGACAAAUAUGGCUCUGACAAGAAUAAUUAUGAGAAGGGUUACGACAAAUAUGGUUACGAGAAGAUUUACGACAAGCAUGGUUCUGAUAAAUACGGUUACGAGAAGGGUUACGACAAAUAUGGCUACGACAAAAAUAGUUAUGAGAAGGGUUACGACAAAUAUGGUUACGAGAAGGUUUACGACAAGUAUGGCUCUGACAAAUAUGGUUACGAGAAGGGUUACGACAAAUAUGGCUACGACAAGUAUGGCUCUGACAAAUAUGGUUACGAGAAGGGUUACGACAAGUAUGGCUCUGACAAAUAUGGUUACGAGAAGGUUUACGACAAGUAUGGCUCUGAUAAAUAUGGUUACGAGAAGGGUUACGACAAGUAUGGCUCUGACAAAUAUGGUUACGAGAAGGGUUACGACAAGUAUGGCUCUGAUAAAUAUGGUUAUGAGAAGGGUUACGACAAGUAUGGCUCUGACAAAUAUGGUUACGAGAAGUAUGGCCAUGAGAAACAUGGUAACGACAAAUACGGUUACGACAAGUACGGGUAUGACAAGUAUGGUUAUGGAAAAGAUUAUGAGAAAUACGGUUACACCAAAGAAUAUGGUAAGCAUUAUAAGGAUUACUAUAAGAAAUAUGAAAAAUAUGAUUAUGGUAAUAAAUAUGAAUACAGUGAUAGUAAAGAUCAUGAUAAGCAUGAUCAUGAUGAACAUGACCAUCAUGACGACCACGACCUCCACCAUCAUCAUCAUGGGCAUGACCACCAUCAUCAUGGACAUGAUCACAAACAUGGCAAAGGAUACUAACUACAGUGGAUAGCUUCUUCCUAAGAUAUAUAAAAGCUAAAAUUAAUAGUCGCAGUAAAGUGUCUUUCUCAUUGCUUUUUCAAUAGUCAGUUGGUGAAUCAUAUAGACAGUGGAAAAAAGCCACUUCUAGUGUGAUAUUAAAAAAACUAGUUUUCAUUUCCGCUAAAAUAAUAAAAAUUACUAAAAUUCCAACGAUUGUAGACGUUAAUUUUAUUUGUUAAUCUAUAUUGUAUUAAGCAUAUGAAGAGAAAAAAUUUAACUAAUGGAUAAAAAUUUAUAAGAUCACAGUGCUGACGGAUUAAAAAUUGAUAUUACUGUUACACGAGUAGCAUCGGAAUGGUAAUUACGUUUAUUAUAGAGGGAUUAUAGAUAGAUAUCAUACAUGUAGUUUAAUUUGGAGAGUUAUGCGAUUGGCAUCUUUUUUAUUUAGAUUAACUUGUUGAGUUAAUCUAAAAUGUUUUUAAAAUAAAAUAUAUGCGCGUAUAUGUUUCAAACCAAAAACUUUUUGAUAGAUUUACAACGUAAAUUACGUGUGCUCAGAUAUUUGAGUAUCCAAUUAUGAGGUCGGGAACUGAUUGAACUUUGACGACUUUUGGGAGCCUGGGAUGCUACUUCACUCUGGUAUUAGAACCCUCGCCAAUGCCCAUCCACGACCCCGCAUCUUGGAGUUGAACCCUAAAUCUUCAGCCUCAUAAACUAAAGCCUAAAUCAUAGACAUUUCAGCCGGCAUUCAACAGUGUCAAUGUCUAGCUUCAAUCAACUCACCGUACUGCACAACUCCUACCUGUUACCUGCAAUGGAUGGCUGUGAAAAUUUUACAAAUUCCCCAUACUAUACAUUUCUUAGGUAAUAUAUUUGAGAGUUCGAGCCCUAGCGCAUACCGUUGGGGAGCUCCACACUAGGAUGAAAUCGGUUCCUGGUUUUCAACAGUCGUUUAGCUAAUAUCAGUUUGAGGUGUAAGACUACGGAUCGGGAUAUACAUGAUUUGACCCAAGAUUUUACUGAAUUGGUGGUGUAAUUUCCACUCAUAAUCCUCAUACAUAUAGUUUUACCAUAGU